GUGACUUUGAGUCAUGGCUUUGCCGACGGCAACUUCAAGGCUGAAACCAUUUGCGCAAGGAGAAGGGUUGUUGAAAUAUCAGAUUCCCUCUGUCUUUAAAGAGUUUGUAGUUGGAUGCGUGAGAGAUUUAAGCAUUAAUGAUAGGGCUGCAUUGAGGUUUUUGUGCUUAGGCGAUGUACCGGGGUCGAAGUUGGAUGUAAAUCUUGAAAGUGAUGAUGAUAUCUUUAAGUUGUUUCAAUUUCUUGUUAAGGAUAGCACACUGUCAGUUAAGGAUGUAUCAUUUUUAGAGCGGUAUUUAUCGAAGAUUGGUCGAGAGGAUAUAAUUCAGAAGCUUAAGCAGGUGGAAUUACGUAUGUUUCUCGGCAACAUUGUUGAAGGUUACGUGAAGUUAAGCGAUUGUGUCCGGAAAGAUAGCAGUCUCUCGAAGUGUGCUAGUCGUUCUGAUAGGGUUGUCGAUCUUUUAUUAGGAAUUAAAACAAGAAAUAAGCGUUUGAUUGAGGAAAUUUUGAAUCAGUUGAGUAGAAUGGAUGGUAUGUACGAUGGUAUGGAUGAUGUUGAUGGCACUUUUCUGCGUAUUUGUGACGAAAUUAUUCGCUCUGAUCUAUCUUGGUCUGGGUUUAUGGUUUACCUCGUGAUUAUUGGUGAGUUGUAUGGCGCGUAUGGUCUUUAUUUCGGAACUCCGGUCGAUGUGGCGGCAUCAGAUGGGUUUUACGUAUGCGCCUUUAGUGGAACGAAAACAAGCCAGUUGUUAGCAGAAUGGAUUUUAGAGAAUGGUGGAAUGAAAACCUUUAAGAAGUUUGUCAGGUCGCAACGAGGAGUACUGAACAGCGGAACAGACAUUCCAGAAUCGCUGAGGGAGAUAAGAAGGCUUCUAAAGUUCUACGUUGAGACAUAGAGCACUCGUGAGGUUCUCGUAAGGACGCGUGACUAAAGGGCGUUAAGUGGUGCGUGGACGUGACUGCGAAUACAGUACUAUUUUGAGACGUAAAGCGUUAAGGAUGAGUUAAGAACGUUAAGUGGUGUGAUUUCGAAUAUUCAAAAACUAGACGUCCCCUCUUAUAGACUGCCACCUUGCCGUGGUGGAGGGGCUUGUGCGUUUCAAUGAUCCUGAGAACUCAGCCGGCGGAGGCAUGUGAGCCUCUGGCAGGUACAACCAAGCCGGAAAGAUCAGCGGAGAGAAACCAGACUAAAAGGCAGUCAAAAUACUUACUUUACAGGAUACCAUGUUCCUGUCACAUUCUUGUGUGUAUGUGCCUAUACACAGAAACGUAACGUAUUUAAAAAAUUUAAAUGUACUAAGCUUGUAACUUCAAAAAACUGUAAAGAAUAGAAAAAUGUGAAACACACGUACAAACAUGUAUAGAUAUUUAAGAAACAUGUUUAAUUAUAGAACAUGAACCAAAAUGCAUAAACAAGUCAUAGCAAAAUUGUUGAAGAGUAAUGAUUUGAAAUUGAAUUUUGAAGAGAGAU